CGAAAGGUGUUUUGUCAAAGAUGGCAGGACCUGAAAAGAAACUCGAGAGAUCUAAGAGCGGACUUCGAAUGAUCCCCGUGUCUGACUCUGAUUCGAGCCCAUUUUCCCUCCCAGAACCUCCCUGGGUAUCAGACGAUGAGUGCAAACUGUGUCAAAACUGCAGAGCAAAAUUUGAUUUCUUCAAAAGAAGAAAGCAUCACUGUCGUCGCUGUGGAAAGUGCUUCUGUAACGACUGUUGUCAGGAGAAGGUGAAUUUACCCAGAAUGCUAUUCCUGGACCCAGUCCGUCAUUGCCAAGUCUGCGUAGAGAUUUCACGGAAAGAGGAGGACUUUUUUGAGAAGCAUUUAAAAACACUGCUGAAUGGAGGUUAUUUUAACGUGACUGAUUCAGAUACAGGACCAGAUGAGGGAUCUCUCUUUUUCGUCAAACUAUCGGCCAAUCACAGACAGCUGCUAUUUGAGGGAGAUAAUGACAAACACGAACCAGUUCAGAUUGAGAAAAUCGACACCUUGCAGAUUCUACCAUCAGGCAAAGAUGAAGAAGGCAACACCUUAGCUGGGGGCAUUGCAAUAAAAUACACCAACACCACUGGAGGGACGAACAUCAUUAAGAUGAUGGUGGACAGUGGGGGGAACAAAAAACCUGGACAAAUCUGGAUCGCUGCUAUGCAGAAAGCAUUUAAAAUGGUAUAUGAUGCUAGAGCAAAGUAAACGAUGGAGAAAUAAUUGAGAGAGGAGGCAGAAAAAGAGAACGAAAGAGACAGAGAGAAAGUCAAAACAGAAAUAUGUUUUAUGUGUCAUAUAUCAGUACUAUAUUGUUAUGAUUUUAUAACUUUUAAAACACAGAGGCAUUUUGUUUGAUUGAAUCAUGGACUCUCUUGCCAGAUAUAUGUGUAGUUUGUGUCGUGUCUGUGAUUAUAUAAGUACAUGUUUAUAAAUACUCUUCGUAUGGAACAUACUAUUUAAUCAUUCAAUGUUUCAUGCAUUUAUCUACUUAUAUAUAGAUGUGAUACACAUUGCACUGUGUGUUCAUUUGCAUAUAUUUCUGAAUACAGUCAGACUUCAGUAUCUGGGAAAUGUAUUUGUAAGGGCCCUUGGGUACA